ACCGCGGUGGAUGAUGCCGUGCCUGCUACAAUGGCAGGAUAUGCCGAAACAUCUUCAGUUCAACCCCUACAUUCACACAGGCUACCGUCCCAUCUUGAGCGUCUGGGGCAGCAUCGCCAGUCUGUUCUACUUCCACAAUGAGACGGUCAACAUUCUGUCUCACGGGCUGCCAAUUGUCUACAUACUGACUGUUGUGCCCAAGCACAUGCCUUGGGAGUCUAGUGUGUUCCUCUCGUGGUGUCAUAUUGCCGGCAGUGUCGCCCCGUGGGUCGGCAGCUUUACCUACCACCUGUUCAUGAAUCUUCAUCUGGGAGAGUCCUGUUACUACAGGCUACUUCAGCUUGAUAUGCUGGGCAUUUGGAUCAGUCAGAGCUUCGGUGCUUUACCAAUGGUGCGAGCCUCAGUCUACUGCCUGCCUUACUUUCUGCAGUGGCUGGUGGUGGCUAGUUACGCUGGAGGCUCUGUAUUAGGAUUAAUUAAGGCAAUGAACGCUUGGUCUCCAUGGAAGAGAAGACUUUGUUUCGCAACACCAUUCCUCAUGAGAUCUGUCCUCUGUAUACUCAGGUACUCUAGGUUUGGUGGCGGACACCCGGACUCCUUUAUCCACUGUGUUAUGCAGGACGUGUUGUCACUCCUUGGUGGAGCGAUCGGUGCGAUGAGAGUUCCAGAGAAGUGGUUUCCUGGUCGUCUAGACCUCUACUUCAAUUCACACAACAUCAUGCACGUGCUAGUAGUCUGCGCAGUGUACAGCAUGUACCGAGCCACUGUACAAGACCUCCAGUGGAUGGCGCAUGGACAAUGUACCCCUCCGCACUUUCCCCUUCCACACGACGAACUGUGACUGGACAAGUAGUGUUGCCACUGUCACCUAACCUGGGUGACGGCCAUUAUGUGUCGAUAAUUCACUCAAAACUGGUUUCAAAAGUAAAUAACUUGACAAUACACGUUGGUUGCUGUGGUAAAAGAUAUAAUUUUGAUGAAUUAUUUUUAGAAGUCAAUCUUGAAGGGGAAACUACAUGUAAUAGUUUUAUUUCAAGUACAAUGCAAAUUUGAGCAGAGGAAUGGAAACAGUGGUGUACCGAGAGGGGGCGGCCCGCCCCAGGCCCCUCACCAACAUAGGCCCCCAAAUCAGGGCCAUAUUUCUAUUCCCCAAACGGCAGACACGGCAGAA